AUGCGAGGAAGUAUCGCGGUAUCCGGCGCCCUUCUCGUCUUCAGCUUGUUCUUAAUUUGUGGAGAGGCCAAAAGGAAGUGCCCGAUCGUAGCCAAGGUGUGGAAGGUGACGAUAACGCAGACGUGCGAUAGCCACUGCAAGGCUCGCUACGGGACCGUGGAACUUCCGGAGGAGGGAGAGAUCCCCGUCACGAACGGGAGGUGCUUGUUCUGGAUCUGCUGGUGCGUCGCCAACAAAAAGCUCAAUCUCAGCAAGAAAGAGAAAGCCUUUUUCAUAGCCAGCGGUCUUAUCAAGCAGAAGCGUAAACUCGUAAAUGCGAUAAAGAGUAGAAGGGGCGUGAAACUUCGCGUUCUUCGUUCGAGCAGGUCCCGAUCAGGAUCAGGCGCAUCUAAGGAUGGGACGUUCGUUCUGGCGGAGGAGUUUCCAGGGGGCACUUCAUCGGACACCAAGGACGACGCUGUCAAAAAGGCUCAAAAGUUACUCAAAGAAUCCUCGACGAGCAACGGUCACGUGAAGAACUCCGAAAACCCUCAGGCAGUUCUCGAGAGAGCAGCAAGCUCAGGAGGAAGCCAGUCCCCCGCACAUCUUGAGAGGAGUCCGAGUUCGGGGGCCACACCCCCCGCGAAGCACCUGGAAGAUGCGCAGAGUAUGCAAUCGUCCGUAUCGCGUCUGGAAACGGCGCCGACCCCGGCACAGACGGAGACGGCGCUCCCAAGAUCAGGGAGUCGCUCCGGCCCUAAGCACGGUGACUUUGUUGUACACAAUCAUGUCCAUCUUGAGGGUUAUGCGGAACCCCCAGUUCUUAAUAGAUUACUGGGCUGCAAAAUGAAGAGCAAUCCCGAAGCGGAUCCAGAAUGCAACCGGAGAUGUGUAAAGGAAUGGGGGAAAUACGAAUACCCUAUAAAAGAAAAUAAAAUGAUAAAGGGCAUUGAAACUGAAGUAGUAAGACAAAUUAUACUGCCAAUUGCUUCGGGUCGUUGCAACAAGGUGCGUUUGUGUGUUUGCUCCGUUCACGAAGAUAUGCAUCAAAAACUUAUCAACUGGAAUGGCGGCCCCGAGAUCGAAGGUCAUUCGUACUGGGUUUGUGAGAAAAUAAACAAAUUGUACAGGCCGCUGCUCGGAAGCGGCAGGAAUAUAUGCUUGGUGGUGAACGAAACCGAUUUUCGAAGAAAAAAAAGAUGGGGAUUGUUUUGACGACGGAUGAUAAUUUAGUUUGAACCUAGUUGGUAGUGUUAAUUAGAGUAGGUACCUUUAUAGACAGAGUAUGGCCAUUUCUGUUCCGGUUUUUCAUUGGUCGCGAGCGAAUAGGCUGACACGAUGCUCUUAGAGCCGUAAAUAAACAAACAAGAUGGCCGUU